AUGUGUACAACAGGGUUCUUUGGUGCGAAGCGAGAAGAGAAGAUAGAGACGGACUCGAAGGGGCUGCGGGAUUUCUUGAUUGUCUCGCGAGAGAAGGAUCCUCAUUUCUUCGUUGUCUAUCAGGUUGACGACGAGAAUCACUUGGCUAACUUAUUACGGCAGGCGGAUGGAAACUCACGCGUGGACUAUGUAGCUUUUGGGGAUGUACUAGGAUUUGACACAACCUACAUGACGAAUGAGUACAAUAAGCCCCUCACUGUUCUCAUUGGCGUCAACCACCAUUUCAACACAUGCAUCUUCGGAUUUGCUCUCCUCCUCCACGAGAAGCUUCCAUCAUAUUCUUGGCUACUUCAAAAAUUUCUAGAAUGCCAUGGAGAUAAGAAGCCAAGUGUUGUAGUUACUGACCAAGAUGCGGCCAUGAAACAGGCUAUCGUUGAACACAUGCAUGAUGUUACGCACCGUCUCUGCGCUUGGCAUCUCAAUACAAAUGCUUCGAAAAAGGUUAAAGAUCCGAUCUUCUUAAAAACAUUUAAGGAUCUCAUGUACAACUACUACGAGGAGGAAGAAUUUGAAGCAAGAUGGUUAGACGUCAUCCAAACCCAACAACUAACAGAUAAUGAAUGGUGUCAAACAACAUUCGAGUCAAGACAACAAUGGGCAGAAACGUAUUUAAUGGGUUCAUUCGUUGCAGGAAUGAGAAGCACACAACGUUGCGAAUCCAUCAACUCCGCUCUAAAAAAAUUUUUAGAGAAGAAUUAUUGCUUGCGUGAAUUUGUAACAACCAUAGAUAUGACAGUCUCAAAGCUCAGACACAACGAGACUGCAAAUGACUUCAAAAGUAGAUGCACUCGACCUCACCCACCUAAUCCUACAUGCUUGACCACUUACUACAACCAAUGUGCUGAAUUCUACACAAGAACUAUGUACCACAAGGUUGCUGAGCAGCUUGAUUUAGAGAAUAACUAUUUUGUCCUAACUCAAGAGCAAGAAGGAGAGUGGCAGAUAUUCACCAUUGGAAAGUUCCAGCAUCCGGACGUCCAAUACCGAGUUCAUUACUGUGAAGGCCGACGAGCACUACACUGUAGUUGCUUGCUCUAUGAAAGUCAAGGGUACCCUUGUAGACAUUUAUGGGCUACAAUGAAAAGAUUAAACAUGAGAAGAAUACUUAAUUCUCUUCUCAUGAAGCGAUGGAGCAAAUCCGCAAAGAUAAAUCUCCACCUACAUUUUAACCCGCCAGCACAACCACAACAGCACAUUUACGAGAUGGCUAGGUUUGGAUCUCUCAGUUCACUGACUUAUAACUUCACUUUCUAUGCAGCGAAAUCAGAGGACUCGUACAACCGUGCAAAGGAAGAGCUUGAACGGCUAAUUCUAAUGUUCAAGGAAGAAUUUGACUUGAAUUCCAAUCCGGAAGGAGAGACGCCACAACCUGGAAGAUAUCGUAGCAACCCCAACAUUAUUAAAGACCCCGAAGUUGUGAGAACAAAGGGUACGGGAAAUACAAGGGAAGGACCAAACGGGGAGCAGAUCCCAAGAAACUCAAGACAUUGUCGCAUUUGUCGCUCAUCAGACCAUGAUUAUCGACGGUGCCCAAAUCGUCAACAUAACACUGGAUCUCAGGGGCAACAACCUCCAAACAAUCAACCAACAUCUGACUCAUUCAAUGACCACUCCAACGCGUAUUUCCCGGAACCGCCUUCCUCCACACAAGAGUCUUACUAUGGUCAUUCUUAUAACUAG